AUGCUGAGUGGUCUUCCAAUUGGUGCUGGUAUGGGAACAAAGUCUAGUCAAAAUCAAACCCAAAUUUGUUCCAAAAUUACAACUUGGUUUCAUUACUUGAAAUUAGAACUGAUGAAAUUACUGCAUCCUUACUCGUGGUUGUGUAUUGGUAUAAUAUCUCUGAUUCUCCUUAUAUUCACAUUAGUGUUUGAUUUACAUGGUGAAGAACAUUUUUUCGAAAUCGCCGGUUUUUGUUUGUUACAUUAUUUGUUUUAUAUUGUCAUCCAGGAUACUACAAGAAUAUACUAUAAUCAAAAAAGAGAGUUAAUGAUGGAAAAAUUAGAAAGAAAUACAGAUGAAAAUCAACAAGAUCAAUUAAGAGAUCAAGUAGCUGAAGAACAACUUCAAGCUAGACGUGAAGAAAUAUCAACUCAAGCUCUUAUGGGUUUAGUUUCCGCUGGUCUAUUUCUCAUUUGUUAUAAAAUAAAUGAUUGGAUGUAUGGGAAAUAA